UGGGCUUAUUCUCUCCCACCUUAGCACCAAGCAAGGUGCAAGGCUUCAGCACUGUUUGCAAACAGUCUUUAGCUCAGAUCUGGUGUCAGAAGAACUGUCUGGCCAUGGCCAUGGAAGAGUACUUCUCUGCUGUCCAAAAAAUGGAACAAUUGGUCUUGUUCCCCAGUCUCCUGAGAGGGGUUUUCGAGGAACAGGAUGACACAGCCACUGCUGAUUUUGGUGAAAAAGAUUUGUAUGAGCACUACCUCCAGCUGAAAUCAAUCAAACUCACCGUGGAGGGUGGCCAAGUCCCCAGAGAGAAAUGCAAACUCCCUGUCACCAACAAAGAGGAAAAAAAAGAGAACAGAGGGGAUGCCAAUCUUGAAGAGCAGUUUUAUCACCAUUUUACAGGCUUGUACCAUGUUCUGAUGACCCUGACCAAGAAAGUCAAUGCAUUGACCAGAAAGUACAAUGAUAUUAUUGGAGAGAUCAAUCAGAAUGAUACCGUGAUUACCUGGUGAAAUGUCCGCCGUUACCUUCAAAGGGGCUGCCUGCCACCCAGAGACUGUGUAUCACCAACGCCCUACUGCAACUACUGCUGCUGAAGUUAUUCGAUGGACCACUGACCUUCUGCUAACCAUACGCUGUGCUGCAAUAGCCAAAAUAAAUGGGGUUCUGCCACGCUGUGA